CGUCAAUGAUCGAAGAGAUUAAUCUUGCUUCUACCAACCUUUCCAAAUCCUCGAAGACCGCCGAGUCGGAUCCUCUUUCCCAGAUCGUCCGCGUUCUCAACGCACAUCUCGGCCAGCUGCAACAGAUCGAUGUUGGCGCCGAGCAACUCAGACAAAAGGUGGAAACAGCACAAAAGGAGGUUCGAGGUUUCGGAACCUUUGGAGGAACUUCGGAGAACGGAGUUGAGGGUUUCAUGAGAAGCUUGAGAAGAUGAUUGUAGCAAGUACAGGUUGAAUGCAUGUCUCCUUGAUUCGUGAUGGGAACGGCAUGGAGAAGAUACGGUUUACGCACGGCGUUAAAGAUAGGAUAUCCAGUCACUGGGGAGUGUGAGAUAACAAAGACCUGUUUCUCACUUGAAGCAGAUUAAGAGGCCAAUGAAA